ACCACCUCUUCUUCGGUUUUUCCCGCUACCUGCCUCCAGGGUACCAGGGUCAUCUCGGUUCCUUUCCCCGGUACAUCCUACCACAGUACGAUACAAUCGACGGGCGGCGACCGAAAUCUCGAUUUGCAAGAGACAGCGCACCACUGAGGUGCAUCCUCACCCAGUUUUUACUGGACGGACCGUCGUUUCCUGACUGGAUCCAGUAUCUUCGUCAGCCUAUCCCAAGCCUCUUCAUUUACACAACGUCCACUGCAGACCCACCGAACACAGCUGCAACAUGGCGUUUCCGACCGACAUGGAUUCAUUCAGCCUCCAGCCUGAGAUGUCAGAUCACUCUUUUCUCGUGAACACCGAUAUGGGCGUAUAUCCUGAUGGCCUUUCUCUUGACAUGACGUCCCUACCCUCGACGACUUUUGCCGCUAUGAUGAAUUCUGUGCCGCCCACUCUGGUAAAGGAGAACUCCAAUUCGACCGAUACCCCUGACGGUUUUGCCACAAACGCGGUGGGAGCGGGACCAUUGCCAAUUGGUUUUGCUGCUCAGAUCUCCCAAGGCGCUGGUAGCAAUUUGACCGAGUUUACGAAACGACGGAAUUGGUCUCAACGUGUUCUCGAGGAGCUCAAAGAUCUCCUUUAUAUACUUACCCCAGAUGGCCGCAUCCUCUAUAUUUCCCCAUCAGGGAAGUUCCUCACGGGAUUCGAUCCUCAAGAUCUUGUCGGCAAGUCGAUAUUUGACUUCAUCCACCCAGACGAUCAGGGAUUGUACAUGCGCGAAUUCAACGAGAGCAUCGCCACUGGAAAUGCAUUGCGUUUUUACCACCGCAUGCGAACGGCGGAAGCCAAAUACCGGAUAUUCGAAUGCCAUGGCCAUCCACAUCUGACUCAGGACACCUCAGGACUCGAACUCACCGGCACGCCCGUCGGACAAGCCGGUCUCUGCGGAGGAUUUUUCAUGAUGGCUCGGCCCUAUCCCACCAGAAAUUCGGAGCUCCUUGACUCUUUUCUUGAACACAAAAUCGAAAACCUCCGGCUCCAAGCUAGAAUAGCUGCACUGAAGCGGGAAGAAGCCGAGGACGCAGAUGUCCAGCAAGAGCAGUACCACAAACCAGCUGGAGCUUCAAGUUCACGGACUCCCUCAAUCUCAGCAGAGAUCAGUCCAGCCUCUCCAUCAGUGAACUCAAAUACAGAUUAUUCCGGGAUGCCGCCACCUGCUAAGCCGACCGUGUCUAACAUUGCUCUUACUCGUGAGGCGUUGGAUGAAGCCAAUGCAUUUGCCCGACCCGACAGCAUAAGGGAUAAGAUGGCCCGAUACGAAGGAUCAUCCCAUGUCGACUCCAUCGAAAUGUUAACCGGCCUAAGGUAUCGGGAGGGUGAGAGGUCACAUGGAAUAUCGACGGGUGGGGCAUCUCCCGCUCUGAUUCGUGGCGACGCUGGUAUACAUAUCCCCAUCGACAAAUCCGAAUCGCGAUACACGUACUCGGACAAGAAGCACAAGAAAGUCAAGAGCGCAGAUGAGUAUGUAUGUACCGACUGCGGAACGCUCGACAGUCCGGAGUGGAGGAAGGGACCUAAUGGGCCCAAGACCCUUUGCAACGCUUGCGGCCUGAGAUGGGCGAAGAAAGAAAAGAAGAGAAGUGGGCCCGUUGCUGAUGGUUCGACAUCGAAUGUCAACUCAGCCACGAACACGGGCACCGCGCCCGACAUCAAAGAGUCAGGGUCGAACGACUAGAAGUCGAACCAUUUUGUGAGAGCUGACCUGUUGCUUUCCAAGUCCAUUCGUGGGGCGAACAUUGGUCAAGGGAUCCAAGCCAUAGGGCGCUUCCACUUGCGAUGUCGAUGUCAACAGGGCCUUGGCUGUUCCAUGGGCUUUUUGACAGACUCCAGACUCCAUCGAACCUCUCGAAGGCUCGCUGUCGACAAAGUUCCGUCCGCUUCUGGAGGUUCUCUUCCCGUCGAGCGCGUGCGUGCUGCUCCCCUUGCAGAUUGGGCUUACGGCACCAUCUCGAGCAGUGAGAGCUCCACGCCCUCAAAUCGCAGCAUUCGAAGUGACAGACUCCUCGACAAUUCAACUCAUCUCGACUACUUGGGAGUUAUUUCCCACCGACGCCUUCCACACAAAUUCACUUAGGUGUCAAAAAAUCGACUUACUAGCAGCUUCGAGUCCAUGCUCGAAUAGACACGCAAGCACAAGGUAUAGGCAUUGAGGCCGAGUUUGUACGGGCGUGAAGAACAGAUGGUGUCCUUUCGACCAGCAUGGUGUUAUGCAACGAUUAUCAUAAACAGCGUUGACCGGCGCACGGAUAUGUAGUUUACCUUGAGGGUCAUCAUGGGUUCUUCAGAUAAACACAUAUAUCAUAGCCUAAACUUUAGAUGUCUCCCAGGCCUCGGCUUAUACCUGGAACCUGGAAUCCUAGAACCCUGACAACCUUCAUUUCCUCAGACAGCAAUGCAGAAACUUGAAGCUCGGCUGCGCCAUAAUGGGUAUCUAUUCAGGUCAAAGUGGAAGCAUCCGCC